CCUUACGGCGAUUUACCUCGCACAACGACCAUUGAUUAUCCUGCCAUAACGUUAUUCCGAACCUAUACUUCCUUCGCUGCUAAGGUGACCACGAUUGACAUUCCGAGCUCGACGAGGUUCUCUCAUUCUUCGCUCGCCCGUUAGGCCCGAUUCCGCAUCCCGCGACGCCGUCACCAUGGCGCUCGACAACUACUAUCACAACAAGAUCGAGGCGAUGCAACUCGAGAUUUUGAAGGGCCAAGCCGUCCUUCGUCGUCUCGAGGCUCAACGAAAUGACUACAACUCGCGGGUGCGCCUACUCAGAGAAGAGCUUGGGUUACUACAACAGCCCGGCUCGUACGUGGGUGAGGUGGUCAAGGUGAUGAGCACCAAGAAGGUUCUCGUCAAGGUACAUCCCGAAGGGAAAUACGUCGUCGACGUCGCCGACUCAGUGGAUGUCUCCAAACUCACAGUCGGCAAGCGUGUAACCCUCUUAUCGGACUCAUACAAGCUCGAAAAGAUCCUUCCCUCAUCAGUCGACCCGCUUGUCUCGCUCAUGAUGGUCGAGAAAGUUCCCGACAGCACCUACGACAUGAUUGGCGGCUUGGAUCAGCAAAUCAAGGAAAUCAAGGAAGUCAUCGAGCUAGGUCUGAAGCAUCCCGAGCUGUUUGAGUCGCUCGGAAUUGCGCAGCCAAAGGGUGUGCUGCUGUACGGGCCCCCAGGUACCGGAAAGACACUACUGGCUCGAGCAGUAGCACAUCACACCGACUGCAAAUUCAUCCGCGUCUCGGGCUCCGAGUUGGUGCAGAAAUACAUCGGUGAGGGCAGCCGCAUGGUGCGAGAGCUGUUUGUCAUGGCCCGGGAACAUGCGCCAAGCAUCAUCUUCAUGGACGAGAUCGAUUCCAUCGGCUCGUCGCGCGUUGAGGGGUCUUCGGGCGGCGAUUCCGAGGUGCAGCGUACCAUGCUCGAGCUUCUCAACCAGCUCGACGGCUUCGAGCCGACCAAGAACAUCAAGGUCAUCAUGGCGACCAACCGGCUCGACAUUCUCGAUCCGGCCCUGCUUCGGCCGGGCCGCAUCGACCGCAAGAUCGAGUUCCCCCCGCCGAGCGUCGAGGCGCGCGCCGACAUCCUCCGCAUCCACAGCCGCAAGAUGAAUCUUACCCGGGGCAUCAACCUGACCAAGAUCGCCGAGAAGAUGAACGGCUGCUCCGGCGCCGAGCUCAAGGGCGUGUGCACCGAGGCCGGCAUGUACGCCCUGCGCGAGAGGCGCGUCCACGUCACCCAGGAGGACUUUGAGCUCGCCACGGCCAAGAUCCUGAACAAGCACGAUGACAAGGAGGUGUCACUGGCCAAGCUCUGGCGCUAGGUUAGGUUGGACGCGAGGGCGGUUGUCCUGUAGGUGACCCACUCGCUAAGUGGACGGAUUACCUGGUAGCAGCAGGAAACAGGAGGGUGGUGGUGAUGUAUCUAGGCACUCCUCAAGGGGACGCAAUGCUCCUCGUACCAUGCCAUGUACAAUAAACUUGGAAUCGCAUGGGCUACUGUACGACGGGCUGACAACGUAACCCUCUUUCCGAACUCGUGUAGUAUCGAUGGCUCCGGACUGCCCUCAUAUGCCUUCGCCCUGGUCCAGGUCGACAACUUCCCGUACUUUUCUCUUGGGCAGUCACUUCACGCUGGACGUCCAGGAAGGCUGAGAGAGCAUCACUGUGAUGCUCCACCUCUUACUUCUAGGCCUGUGUGAUAUGACAAUUCUUAUUUCUUUGCCAACCAUUGCGAAUGUACAUUUCGCUCCUUAUAUAUAUAUGCACUGUAUCAUGU